AUGGGUCGUGAAGUCGAGAACUUAAUAAAAGAAAACACUGAACUUUUGGAGACAAAAAAUGCCUUGAACAUAGUAAAAAAUGAUCUUAUUGCUCGUGUGGAUGAAUUAAGCAGUGAGCAAGAUAUAUUGCGGGAAGAAAUAAGAAGUUUGGAGAUGGUUAGAGCAAAGAUGAAUGAUCGUAUAAAGGAGCUAGAAACAGAAUUACGUGACAUGAAAGAGAAGUCUGAGGGACGAGGCGACGAGGACCAGGUAGGUAUUUUUGGACCCUGUAGUAAUGCUUAUAAGGAAAAAUUAAUGGAAUUACAAGAAGCUGUAAAGUGGACAGAGCUUCAGCGGGCAAAAAGGAUGAAUGCUAUGCAAGCAAAUAAGAAGAGUGGCAGCAUAUGGGACUUGUAUGCCUUUGUUGCUUUUCUGGUUCCUUUGACUAUUCGUAAUCGUUUUGCAUCUAAAGCGAGAUCGCGUAGGAAAACUUCGAAAAAUGUUGAUUUUAUGGAUCCUGAUUUGGCGUCGGAGAGACGAGCUGCUGAACGAAGGCAGCAAUACAAAAUCGUAAGGGAACAUAUUAGGAAAGAAGAAGGUGAUAGAGUGCAUGUUAAUGGCUGGUCUCUGCCAGCUAACAGUACUGAAGAAACUGGAUCGUCAUCUAUACCAAUUCCAGUGUUCUGCCGUCCGCUCUUAGAUUUAGACCCUUCAUUAAAAAUUUGGUGUGCGUCUGGAGUUACGCUACGUGGAGGCAAAAAUGCAGAGAGUGAAUUUAUAAAUGACGAAAAAUUGCCAAGUCUGAUCGUUGGAGACGAUUCGUCUUUGUUACCGGUGAAUGAUUUUUCAAAAAAACGUUUUCAGAGCACGGAGAUGUCUGCGUUGGAAAGCUCCAGUCUCCUUUGGGUUUGCAGUUCUAACCAAGACAAAAGUCACGUUGGGCUUUUGGACUGCAAUAAUCCCAAUGGUCUUGUUGGAUCUUUUUCAGUUCCUUCGGCCCAAAUUCUUUGUGUUUCUUCAGUACCAGGAGUGCGAGAAUCUGAGUGUUUUCUUGUCGACAAUGGUUGGAAAGCUUUUGUUAAGGGUGGUGGUUACGUCAAAGAUCUACCAUCUGAUAUUACUGAUCAAGAUGAGUUCGGCACUGUUCAAUGGACGGAGCUAAGGAAGCUUGACUCUGGAGAAGAAGGAACUCCAACCUAUUGUGGCUUAGAGCAGAAACCCUCUCCAAAGCGGUCACGAGACUCAAUUUUUUCAGACACAGAGUUGUCGAAGACCGGAGAUGGACAAUAUUCCAGACUUCCUGUACAUAUAAAGCAAGAGUUAGAGAAAUAUGAAAAAUGUGACGGCGAUUUGAGUGCGCAGCCGACAAUGUGGCUUGGUACACAAAAUGAGUACAUUUUAAUCCACUCAGCAGUGACGGAAUGGCAAAAAUGCCUAAGGAAAGUCAAAAUGCCUGAUGCUGUGUUAUACAUACAGUAUUGUGAAGGUCGCGUUUUUGCUGCGUUAGCAAAUGGCUCGAAUUUGGGGAAAGCUACCAGCUCAGUGAGGUCACUUACAGUAGUCGGUAAUUUUCUGUGGGCUGCUUACCGCAAUUGUGUUGUCAUUAUUGACCCAAAAGAGUUGAUCAUUGUGAAAGCUAUUGCGGUUCAUCCCCGUCGAGACAGUCAAGUUAGACAUAUGCAGUGGAUUGGAGAUGGUGUGUGGCUCUCAAUCCGUUUGGACUCGACUUUGCGGCUAUAUCAUGCCCAUACACAUAUUCAUUUACAGGAUGUCGAUAUUGAGCCAUAUAUAACUAAAAUGCUAGGGACCAACAAGUUGGAUUUUGCGUAUAUGCGCACUACUGCUUUGCUCGUCGCUUGUCGUCGGCUUUGGAUGGGUACGGGGACUGGCUUAAUCGUCUCAGUUCCGUUUUGUGAAAAGUUUCAAGCAACUGGAAAGGACGAAGUUCAUGGUCCUGGCGGAUUAAUACGGGUAUACAGCGAUCGCAUUGCUGAUGAAGAGGCCGUUUCAAAAUCUUUCAUACCAUACUGUGAUAUGACCAAAGCACAACUUUCAUUUCAUGGCCAUAAAGACCCAGUUAAAUUUCUUUUGGCUGUACCUGACGACAACGGUUCUCGAAAGGCACAGCAAAACAAACAACAAAAACUUCUCAUUGCUUCUGGAGGAGAUGGCUACAUUGAUUUUCGUAUGGGUAAUACUUUUAAAAAGUCUCUUAUUCGCUUGUCAUCCUAUUUAAUUUACCACCUUGAUAAAAUUUAA